AUGUCGCUCCAUUUCCCUUCCAUCUUUAUCAUUCACCUAGGCGGAGCCUUCAACUUCCCCCACCCACCUUCUGCUUCACAAGCUCCUCGCCCUCACUUACUCGCCGUCACUAUGGUCCAUUCUGUCCCUGCUCCCUCCGUAGCCUCAUCUACCACAGCGCUUGGUAUUUCCGACCCGAGUGGCUCGACCUCAGCUUUUCAGGCCUUCCAUACGAUUGUCCUCGUCAGUGCCGGCUCCUCUGUCGUCCACUUGGCGUCGUUACAGCAAACAAGCACCAUGGGUCUCAGCAGCGGGGCGAUCGCUGGGAUAGUGCUUGGUGUAGUCACAGGCUGCUUUAUGAUUGCGGGGGUUUUGAUCGCAUGGCACGCACAGGAGGAGGAGGACCAGAGGGGGAAGGGCGGUGCGACCUGUUGUGCCAGAGAUCUCCGCUCACACUUCCAUCUUUGCCAAAGCUCCCGUUAUCCUACUUGA